CAACCUUCUAAGCUCCAGUUUCUACUGCAGGCAUUUCUUGUUCUGCCAAAAGCUCUUGCGGGUUCCUGGACUCGGUCGCCCCGCCAUGCCUGGGGCCUCCGUUCUGCACCUCUAGGAGACCCCAUUCGGUGCCGAGUACAGAAAGCCGGGAUGCAAACGAGAGAGGAGCCCCGGGAAGCCGGUCUGCAGGAAGCGGCGCGGUGUCCGGGCAACCCCGGAACGCGGCUCCGCGGGCGGCAGGUGCAAGCGGCGGCGGCGGCGGCGGGUCCCUCUUGCCCUCGGCCGCGAGUCCCGGCAUUCGGCAGUUCGGCCGCCAGUUGAUGCGUUGAUCUCGGCCGCAUUCUCCAUGGAAGACUCCGAGGGUAGACCUGGGGCUCCCCUAGGAAAUGGAGUACCAAGACCCAGAGAUGAGCCCAUGUACACUGGAAAUGGUCUGCAGAGCUGCCAUCUUCCCUCCAUCUCAAGAUCGAUCUGCAGCAGAGAGCUGGAGAAGGUUCCAGAGAAAGCCGACUCCUGCUUGACGGAGGUGAAGAGGAAAUGCAGUACUAAAUGCAAUCAUUUCUUGGACUCGAACAGGACAUCCUCUGGCAGAAGGGACAGUCCCUCAUCCUCUGUUGAAACAGAUCUGCAUGUCAGUGAGCCUCCAGGCCUCACCAGAGUGUGUGGUCACCUAGACCUUGCUACAGAUUUGGGUCAGAAAUCUUCCUUCUCACAUUCAGAUCAGUCCUCUGAAAUCUCAUUGCCUGACGUCCAAAAGGAUGAAUACUCUGAGGAGUUCAGCCUGCUUAAGUUGCGGACAAAAGAUGGGCAGCGUCCUGAGUGGACUUUUUACCCGAGGUUUAGCAGCAAUAUCCACACCUACCACGUGGGAAAGCAGUGCUUCUUCGAUGGGGUCUUCCUUCGCAAUAGGAGGUCUCUGUCAGAGAGGACGGUGGACCAGAGCCUCGGGAGAAAGAAAUACGUGUUUUCUGCAGGUAUUGAUUCAAGGAAUGGAAUUCCAGAAUUCACUCCAGGGGACAAUCCAUAUAUGUUCCCAGAACAGAGUAAAGGCUUCCACAAAGUAGGAUCCACUCUGCCACCAGUGAACUUCUCAUUAGUGCCUUAUGAAAAGAAAUUUGAUACAUUUAUUCCACUUGAACCUCUUCCACAAGUUCCCAACUUGCCUUUCUGGGUGAAGGAGAAGGCCAAUAAUUUGAAGAACGAGAUAAGAGAGGUGGAGGAACUUGACAACUGGCAGCCAGCAGAGCCCUUGUUACAGAGUUUAUUCCCUUUAGGUGGGUCAAAGAAACUUCAAAAAACAGCAUAAAAACUGGAGGACUCCAGAAGAGCAGGCUUUUGAGAGACUUCACAUGGAGAGGAGAGAAGCAAAGCCUCUCCUAGAAUGGAUGUGUCUCCUGCCCAAGCUGGUUCCUUGGGCAGAUGCCAUGACUGUGCAUUGAGAGUUGAGUGUGCUGGUUUGAUAGCCAUUAGUCUUUUUGUUUGCUUUGGUUUGGUUUGGUUUUUGAAACAGGGACUUGCCUUGUUGCUCAGACUGGGCUUGAAUUUGAGAUCUUCCUGCUUUAGCCUCCUGAGAUUACAUAUGUGCACCACCACCCAGGGCUCUGUUAGUUUUAGAAAGUAACACAACCUUUAACUUUAUGCCUCUAUCCACAGGUUUUUUGAACUUACCAAAACAAUUCUGAACAGAAACAGACCCACAAAACAUGCGCUGACCAUAGACUGGCGAGUUUCUUCAGUUGCUGUUUUUGACAAUGUUAUAAAUCAAAUGUUUGACUCUGUUGACUCUGAUGUGUCUUGUUUAUAUUUUAAAAACUUUCAAACAUAUAGAAAAGUUUCAAGAAUCAUAUAAUGAACACUGCAUAUCCUUUACCUGGAUUCUACAAUUAUUAACAUUUGUCCAAAAUUUCUCUUUCUCAUUAUUACUAUUAUUAUUUUGCUGAACUUUAUUGAAGAGUGAAUGACAGACAUCAUAACCCUUUACACCUACAGACCUGCAUACUUUGGCAUUUUUUCCUAAGAUCAAUGAUUCUUUAAUAACUGUAUACAGAUAUCAAA